AGGUCUGUCAGUCAGGGGUUGACAUCUACGUGGUGAGGUUUGAAACCACUAACCCGAUUGUAAACUUAUCACCAUGGUUGAGACCCGUAGUGGGAAGGAGACUAGCCCCUACACCACUGAGCAGCAAGAAAAGAUGGCCGCCUUAGUCAGAGAGAAUAAAGAAAGGAAAAAGCGUGAAAAGCAAGCGAAGCUAAAGGCUAUCGCAGACGAGCAGGCGGCGAAGAUGAAGAGAUUGGAGGAGGAGAUGAAGAGGGUACAACAGGGGGAGGAAGAAAAAAGGAAGGUUGCUGAAGCAGAAGCGACCGCAAAAGAAGAGAAAGAGAGAAUGAGAAUUGAGAGUGGGGAAGGAAGUAGUGGUGGCACGAUGAAGUGGGAAAUAGAUACUAAGCUCGAGAAGAAGAUCAGCGAGCGGGUCGCUAAUUUAUCGUUGGGGGAAGACGAGGAGGCGGAGUCAUAUGUGACUAAGGAUGAGAAGGCUGCGCUGGCCGCUGAGCUAGCAGCCAUGACAGACCCAAUGAAACAAAGAGAGAGGGAAGACGAGCAAAAGUUAGCAUGGAAGCUGAGAAUGAAGAGGGAGAAGAAGAGGAGGAGAGAGGAAGUGAAUAAGAUGACCGCAGCAGUGGCAAAGGUGCAGAAGUAGGUGUUGAGCAAGGCCUCGAUGGAGGAGCGCCAUGCAAGCUGGAGCCAGGAUGUAGCGUUGAGCGCCAUGCGGUCCGGGCUUAGGGAUUUUGCUCGCGAAAUCGUCACCCACAUUGGGGGCGAAGUCAAACAGUUGAGGGACAAUGUAGGGAAGUUUUGUGAGGGUGCCAUUCAGGGUGCCAAAGCUGCAGCCACUGUAGAAGGAGAGGGCAGACCCAGUAAGGACCCAGUGAAACUUAAGUUCCCAGACGCAUACGGGGGAAAGAAGGACGAGAACUUUGACAACUGGGAGGCUAGUGUCAAUAGUUACAUUUAUUUACAGCAUAUCCUGAUGGAGGAGCAAGUCCUCGUGGCCUUCCAGGCCCUGAAGGACGAAGCGGCUAGCUUCGCUAGGAAGGACGAGAACUUUGACAACUGGGAGGCCAGUGUCAAUAGUUACAUUUAUUUACAGCAUAUCCUGAUAGAGGAGCAAGUCCUCGUGGCCUUCCAGGCCCUGAAGGACGAAGCGGCUAGCUUCGCCAGGUCUCUCGCGCGUACAGCCGGUUGUGAAAACAACCUGGUUGCAUAUUCCAAAGUCACUCCUCUUUCCCAAUUCCUCAAGCUCCUCAAGGAGCGGUUCGCUAACCCAACGCGAGGCAUUAGAGCCUCUGAUAAGCUCCAAAUGAUCCACUCUCGGCAGUGGAGGAGUGCUAAGGCACUCAAGGGUACUAUGGACGACUUGGUAGCCGUCCCGGACCACGGAGUCACUGAGCCCCAGCUGGUCCAGUUGUUUUAUCGUGCCAUUCCAGAGGCCAUACGCGGGCAUUUCUUUGACAAAUCUCAGCAGCCCGGCAUGACGUACGAUGCAUUGAGUAGGGAAGUCGUCCUGUAUGAGUCGAAGUCUAUGCCAGUAACCACUUUCUGGCAUAAGGACUUAGAGAAGGGGAAGAAGUGGAAGAAUCGUACCAUCUCAGGCCAAGUAAAGGCCAAGGAUCACAUGAUCCUGACAUUAGAAGAAGGUGGUACCGAUGAGGUCCCAUAUGACUAGAUUGAGUGGGGCCUUGAAGAUGAUGGCAGUAGUGUGGGGCAGGGGAGGUCUUACGCUGCUGUCGCGG